UUUGCAGUUUGUACUAUAUAAUCUACUACUAAAGAUUAAUUUGUGUUUGUAGCUUAGUUAGAAAAAAUUUAAUUUUUAUUAUCUAUACGUUUUUGUUUACAAGAACAGAUAUAUAUGUAUAUAUAUAUAUAUAAUACAUAUGUAGAAUAUAGUUUGCAUAUUAUCUAAUAAUCUAACACUAUGGUUCUACCAACAUAUAUAAUAUUAUUAUUUUAUUUACGUUCAUUUUUAUGUAAAGGAGAAAAUAUUGUAUUAAUUAUUGCUGAUGAUUUAGAUCUAGUUCUAGAUGGGAUGACACCAAUGAACAAUACGUUAAAUCUUAUUGGAGGUAAAGGUGCAACAUUUUUAAAUCAAUUCGUAGCAUCUCCAAUUUGUUGUCCUAACAGAGCUUCCAUUCUAACCGGUAGAUAUCAACAUAAUCAUUUAACAGUAAAUAAUUCUAUUUCUGGAGGUUGUAAUAGUAUUGAAUGGCAAGAAAGACAAGAACCUAAUACGUUUGCUGCAUAUUUAAAAAAUGAAAUGAAUUAUAUUACAUUUUAUGCUGGAAAAUAUUUGAAUAAGUAUGGAAGCCAAAGUGUUGGUGGGGUCAACCAUAUUCCACCAGGUUGGGAUUGGUGGGCUGCGCUUGUUGGAAACUCAAAAUAUUACAAUUAUACCUUGUCUAUUAAUGGUACAAAAAAAGAAUAUGGAGAUGAACCUGAGGAUUACCUCACAGAUGUGAUAGCCAAUUUAGUUAAGGAAUUUUUUAAUCAAUACAAUUCCAACGAUAAUCCUUUUCUAAUGGUAUUGUCACCUCCUGCACCUCAUGCACCUUUUACACCAGCUGUAAGGCAUAUUGACAAGUAUAAAAAUAUAAAAGCCAAAAGAACACCAAAUUUUAAUACUUUGACUCAAACAGAUAAACAUUGGUUGGUCAAAAGAGAACCGUCGCCUCUUCCACAGAAAAUAUUGCCAAAAUUAGAUGAAAUUUAUAGGCGAAGAUGGGAGAGCCUUUUAGCUGUCGAUGAACUCGUUAAAAGUGUACAUGACUUGUUAGAACGGAAAGAUCUUUUGAAAGAUACAUAUAUUAUUUUUACAUCAGAUAAUGGAUAUCAUAUCGGACAAUUCAGUAUGCCAAUGGAUAAACGUCAACCAUACGAAACCGAUAUAAGAAUUCCAUUACUGAUCAGUGGUCCUGGAAUACCUCACUCAACAGUAACUAAACCAAUUAGUAGCGUAGAUUUAUUUGCUACGAUCUUACAGAUAGCUGGCUUAGAACAUCCCUCGGAUGGUAUAUCUUUCUUAAGAAAAACAUUGUCGAACGAUCGAACAGUUUUAAUAGAAUAUAGAGGAGAAAAGUCAAAUUAUAAGCCAAAUACUGGAUGUCCUAGUGAUAAUGAUCUAAAUCUAGCUCUUUGCAAUCAAGAAUUGGCUUGUAAAUGUGAGGAUGCCAGAAAUAAUACUUACAACUGUAUUAGACGUAUUUCUCCGCUACACAAUAAUAUUUUUUGUAUAUUCGAAGACAACGAGGCAUUCAUCGAAGCUUACGAUUUAACACAGGACAAUUAUCAAAUGAAUAACAUCGGCUAUAGUAUGAAACGUGAACAUAGAUAUAAGUUUAGAAAACGUCUUAAAAAGAUGGUUUCUUGUCAGGAUAAUGAAUGUAUUUUUACAAACUUAGGAAAUACGUAUUAUUAAUUAUCCUAUAAAGAAAAAGAAAAGAGAAUUAACUAUUAUUAAUUAUUAUUAGUAUUAUAAUAUAUAAAUAUAUUAUAUAUUUUAAAAUACGCAUGGAUAAUAUUCAUAAUAAAAAUGUCUGUAAUAUAGAGUUA